AUGCUAGACGACUUUGAGAGUAUUCCCCACAACGGCACGAAAGAAUUGUCAAGGUGCUGGUUCAGAAAACUGCCGCAUCUGGUCGGAAAGAAGAAGCUUGAGGAGAUGGAGUGGCACAAUUCGUCGAUCGAAGGAAACUACGCUCAAGCAUUGAAACGAGUACUCCAAGUGAAAACGUUCGCUAAGUUCUCGCGCGACAUCGAAUUCAACGAAGAGGAGACGGAAAUCGUGGCAUCUCGAUGCAAAAUCGAUAGUAAACACGUCGCCGAUGCGGUCGACGAAAGAAAUAUGGUGCAAGAUUCGAGGCGUAUAGCGGCCAAGUCUCCAGAUUUGAACCCUGCAGUUUGCGUGUCUCGGGAGCUCAUUCCUCCCCGUGUUUCCGGCAAGGGCAUGGAGAUCACGUCUGAGUCCACCCAGAAAUUGCUUGAGACUCUCUGCCAUCAAGUCGACAUUCCCGUGGAGCUACCUACGACCUCGCUGCUCGUCAGAUUGUUCACAGCCGUCACAGCGAUCAAGCUUCCGUCGGACUUGCCUCCUCUAGAGCAAUUAACGAAGCUGCUCGCGAUCCUCGGUGAUGAGGUCGUGCACGCUCCGCUUGAUCACAUCAAACCGGCGGAUCUUGCGGCAGGCGAGAAUGAGGCCCUUUACGAUCUCCUCGAGAUCUUGACGACUUGCGCUCAUUUGCGAGAUGACAGUGUCACGUCUACGAGUGACGAGAUGACUACCGCCGAGAGCUGUCAGACCAGCCUACAUUCAGCCCUCAGUUCCUUGAAGGCUUCGAAUAGCGCGAGUGCUUCGGACAGCUCGAGCUCUUCCAGUAGCGAUAGCCUCUUCAGCUCGGAAACUUCAUGCAGCACUUGCGAUUCAGCUUCCGCAUCGUCGUCAUCGUUGUCGUCCCGAAGUCGAUCGACGCUGUUCUCCGAGGUCACUCAAGAAAUUGAUAUCGCUUGCCGGCUCUGCGAAUAUCUCUCGAAUCACCGACGCGUGAGAUCAUCGGACAGCGGAUCGGAGCUCAGCGAGUCUAGGGAACAGGAAGAGUCGUCAACGUCAAGCAUCGGAGCGAUCAACGAAGCGCAUCCACCAGCUGCUCCUGAGAGAAAUCCGCAAUCGUCGUGCCCCCUACGACCGUCCAAGGCUCAAAGAGUCAAUCACAGCGCGGCAGCCGCCGCUGGAAAGCGCCUCGAAGCUCGUCGAGCUCUGAGAGCGAACGCGAUAGAUGCCUCGAAGAAAUUCCACCAGACAGUGCCAUGCUGUAGGAAUAAACCGCCGCCGCGGAAGACGUUUCCGGCGCACAACAAAAACGUCAUCAAGCCUGUCGGUCUGGGCCUCAAACCGGAGAGGAUGCCGCCACCAGGGAAUGGACUCGAGACGCAGAGAGCAAACGGAGGAGACGAGGAGAUCGUCGAGGAAACAAUCGUCGAAGAAAACACGAUUUCGCCUCAUUUAGUACGCGUUCUUAGAAAACAAUACGAUCAGCAUUUACAAUGGAUGAAGUCUCACGGUGCAUCCGAGUCCGGCUUCAGAAAAUUAGAGCGCGACUACGAGAAUCUCAUCGAAUCCCACACCAGCCGCGUGAAGCAGAUGCGAGCUGAGGCGGUCGCCCAGAACCGAGUUUCCCUCCUAAAGGCCCAGAAAGGUAUUACGCACACGGUGCGUAACCUACAAAGUCACGCCAAAACUCAAGCGACCCAGCUAGCUCACGUCCAACUCGAGGCCGAGAGAUUGCAGAGGAGCAAGGAAGCCAAGAUGCGGCUGGCUGAGGAGAAACUCCUACGGGAAACUUUCGUGGAAUCGAUGAGAAUUCAGAAAGAACAGCUCCUGAGCAUGAAGAGGAACCUUGCGGACGAACGGUAUCGCGAAGCGGACAAACACAAAAUUUAUAUGCAAGGCCUCGAGCACUUCUAUAGGACUCAGUUGGACAUGCUCGCCGAGACCCUCGACAAGGAACAUAGAGACGGAGAAUUGAGGAACAGUGCGCAGAUGGCGCUCCUCAGAGGCAUGCGUAAAGAACUAAAGGAGAAACUCGACAAGGAGGUCGCAUUUUUGAAGGACAUCAUCGCGUCCGAAUCACUGCCUUGAAGUCUUCAUCGACAGAGAAUUCCAUUAGUAAGAGUGGUGGAAAAUAGAAGACUGGUGAUUGUAGAAGGGAGCGAGGAGGAGCGUUGUGAAAAACGUCGCUCGAUGCUGCGAGCGAGCUCGAAUAAAAUUUUGAAAAAA